AUGCCCUCUAUAGCCGUCUACUUUCUUCCUGUGGCACUUUUCGCCAUCUUGCACGCUGUCGCCCCUGCAGAAGAAUCCAGCCGGUUGUCAGGAACCUCCUCGCGUCACGGGACCUUGGGCUUGUUGCUAAGGAAGCGAUCUCUGGAGGCAGCUUUGAGGGCCCCACCAUCUAUAUAUUCAGAGUCUCUGAUUGAGUCCCCAGCCAAGAGAGAUGAUGGCUACUGGAUUUGGAUGCCCGCCCAUGGCUACAUGCCCAUUCCUACCGACGACGCCCCUGAGCAGCAAGGCGGGCGAGACAGCAUGGGAAACCUGCUCCGAUACGGCUAG